ACUGAAUAACAAGAAGAUUUCUGAGCUUCUAAUUCCCAUCAAUAAAUGUUAUCUUCUAGUGAAGAAAAACCAGGGCAGAUGCCACCGGGGGAUGGAUCAAUUCCGCCCGGAAAACCCAUGAGUUUUGGGCAGAAAAUGAUAGACAAAGGUGCUCAGAUGGUGGAGUCUUUGAAGCCAAUUAAGCAAAUGAGCCAGCAUGUUUGCACGUUUGCUUUGUAUAGCCAAGACAUGUCCCGUCAGAUUGAGACUCAUCACUACGUCAAUCGUCUUAACCAGGACUUUCUCCAGUGUGCUGUUUAUGAUUCUGAUGACUCUACAGCACGUCUUAUUGGGGUGGAGUAUAUUGUGUCAGAUAAAAUUUUCCAGACUCUUCCACCAGAAGAACAGAAGCUUUGGCAUUCUCAUGCGUACGAGAUCACAGCAGGUCUAUGGAUGAAUCCUCGCGCUCCUGAGGCAAUUCAGAAGCCUGAACUACGAGAUCUUGCCCAGACUUAUGGCAAGUUUUGGUGUACUUGGCAAGUUGAUAGGGGUGACAGGCUACCACUUGGACCACCAGCCCUGAUGAUGUCUCCGCAAGGAGUGAAUAGGGGCAUGGUGAUGCCGGAGCUGGUUCGGAAGAGGGACGAGAAGUACAAGGUUUCCACUGACAAUCUGAGAAUGUCGAGGGCAGAUGUCACGGUGCCUGAGACGGUGCUGCUUUCCAAUGCAGAUUACUGGAUGCAGUCUGAGAAGGGUUUUGCCGUUGAUGUGGAACAGACUGAUAUGAAAAGAAUAGCACCUUUUCCAUGAAGAAGUCCAAUAAAUUCAUCACCUAGUUUCAUUGCAGUAUAUGCAUGUUGUAUUUUUGCAUUACGGAAUCUAGAAAUCUUGGCCUGGAGAUAAUUUCUUUUCUUAUUGUUUUUGUUUACGUUCUCUAUCAGUAUCAUAUCGGAAAGAAGUUCUUUACUAGCUAUGGUAGUCUAGUACUAGUAUAUGUAAGUGCAUAAUUUUGGGUUUUCAACUUGGGUUUUUCCUCUUUAUUUUUUUACCAUGCAUUUUGGGUCGAUGCAAUUUAGGAUGUAUGGUCUUUAAUUAGUAUGACAAC